AUGGAAAUGGCACAGAUUAACCCCAGCAUCCAGGAGCUUCUACUGCAGUGGCUCUGUCAGGUUCGCUACACAUUCCAGCACAAGGGAAUGGAGAAAGACAUCUGGCCCUCAUGGGGAUUGAGGCAGGGAUGUAUCGCGAGUCCUGUCCUGUGGGCUGCUUUUACCGCUCUGCUGAGCCAAGCAAUUGACAAACGCCUAGAGGACACGUGGAGUUCUGACCACUCUACGAUGUACGCGGACGACACGCACCUUCAAUGGACUUUUCACAGUCUUCAAGGCUUCGAACAAGCCAUUCAUGAGCUCAAUAGAGUGAUAGCUGUCUUCAGGAGACUGGGAAUGAAGGUGAACAUCAACAAGACCAAGGCUAUCCUCCGAGUUACGGGACACAUGAAGCACCACAUCCGGAAACAUUACAUUCGAUCUCACGGUAAAGAACGUAGACUGCUUCUUUCCCCAGGUGACCCUUCAGGAUGGAUCCAACUGGUGGACCAGGUGGAAUACCUAGGUCUGAUCAUCUCUUAUGACAACUUUGAGCUACAAUCUGUCAAGCACAGAAUCAAUAAGGCUCAUAACCGUCGAUGGUCCCUGGCCUCGAUUCUCCACACCAAGAAGGUCUCGAUUUCCUACAAGCUCAACCUCUGGCGCAGUUGCGUGCUUUCCACUAUGUUGUACGCCCUCCACAGCCUGUGUCUUGGUGCAGGACAGAUCUGCUUGCUACAACGAGCCCUCAUGCGACAUAUCAGGGCUAUCGUCUCGGACCAGGCUUUUCUCACAGGACAUACACACGAGGACAUCAUGAUAAAGUAUCACAUUCAAACUGCGCAGGAACUUCUUGAACGAGCACAUGAGCGCGAACAGCUCAAUGCGGACUCGAGUGAUUGGAUAGUGGAUUCAGACUGGAACCGGUCUAUCUCCAAGGCUCUGCUCGAGGCGGCACAAACCAAGGAGCCCGAAUCCGACACCGAGAAGGCCAUUUGGGCCUGUCCGCUAUGUUCUGAACAAUUUAUCACACAGGCAGCCCUCAAAAUCCAUGCCAGACGAGCGCACAAAAUUGUGGCCCAGCGGAAGAACAUCUUCAACCGCCUCGUGCACUCAGUUGGUGGGCUACCUCAGUGUGCUAGUUGUCUCAAGCGCUUCAGCAAAUGGCAGUCGCUCGAAACCCACAUCAAUACUGAUGCUUGCACGGUCCAAACUGCAUGGACCCAGGACCCCACUGCGGAUCCAUCCAAUCCGCAUGAAACCGCAGCUUCACCAACCUUGCAGCCAGCUCCUGAGCAAAUAUCCACGCCGAGAAAGCCGACAAGUACCCCAACCGAGGUCACUGCAGCACCAGCAGGGGUCCAGUGCUCUGAGACCAUGAUUGCGGAAUCGGUCGAGGGCUUGCAACUGCAAGCCGUUCAGCCCGAGAACAUUCCCGAGCUGCAGAAUAUGGCCUACGGGGACCCGGACUGGGACGAGUUCUUUGGCGAACUCCACGGGGAGGACUUGCCGAUGACGAAUGCUGCUCCAUGGACCCAACCGACAACGGACAAUCCCUUCACGUUCACGGGCAACAAAAGACGGCGGAACCCUUUUGGAGAGCAACAACCGGUACCGCACAACAUGCGACGGCACCCGUUUCAAGGACCACCACCACGGACUCCAGUCAGAGACCCAUUGCUCUAUUCUUUAGCAAAAACGGUCUUACAACAGCAGGAGGAGCUCAAGGUCCUCAAACAAGACACGGCCCUGGUGCUCUUUCUUCGCCCAGGGGAGGACAACGUGCUACACCACCUCUACAAAGUGGCGGCGCACUUCAAAGCCAAGCAAGAGCAGGACGCCACAUGGCAACUGGGACAGAAUCCUCUUCGCAUGGUCUUGGCCAUAGCACUCUUCAAGGAAGUCACGGACCGCCUGAAUCAGACCAUUGCUUCGCAGGAAAAGCUGAAGAGAGCGGUGGAUCAAGGAUGGCGAGAUCCACAAGCGGGCUGGAGAUACCAAGUUUGGAACCACAAAACCAAACAACUCCAGGUCGAUGCCAGCCGCCCACCGAUUCCGGAAGACAAACUUCUCGACCACUUCGCCACCAUUCUUCAAUGCCUUCGGCAGCCCAUCGUCAACCGCUUUCGAUGCACGAGAAGAUUAACAGAAACAAUGUCCAGCCCAGCAACCUUCAAACUAGACAUGUCAGUUCGAAGCCACAGUGCUCUGACGAUGUGGGACACUCUGAAGAUGUUGCAAGGGAAUGCGGUUUUCCAACUUGCUGGAAUGGCCUACAAGACGGAAAGCCUGGCCAGAGGGCCAGUGGAGCAGAAGAUCGCGGAGAUGGUAUAUGGCAGGAGGUAG